GAACAACCCGGAAGUUAACAUUCCUAAGGAAGUGGCUGCAUCACAUACCGGUCCCGUUGAUGUUUGUGACAGAUAAAUAAAACCAGCAGCGAUGAGGACUGUGUUUAUGGUGGCUGAGAAGCCCUCUCUGGCUCAGUCCAUUGCCAAAAUCCUCUCUAAAGGUAGCUGUUCAUCCCGAAAAGGCCUGAAUGGAGCAUGUUCAGUCCAUGAGUACACAGGAAGCUUCAUGGGCCAAAAUGUGAGGUUCAAGAUGACGUCAGUGUGUGGACAUGUCAUGAGUCUGGACUUCAUCGGAAAGUAUAAUAACUGGGAUAAAGUUGAUCCAGCUGAGUUGUUCAGUAAAGCUCCGACUGAGAAGAAAGAAGCAAACCCCAAGCUAAAUAUGGUCAAAUUCCUUCAGGUUGAAGCAAAAGGUUGUGACUAUGUUGUCCUGUGGUUGGAUUGUGAUAAAGAAGGAGAGAACAUUUGUUUUGAGGUGUUGGAUGCCAUUCAGCCGCUGAUGAAUAUGUCUUACGGUAAUGAUUGUACCGUGUAUCGAGCAAAGUUCAGCUCCAUCACAGACACGGAUAUCUGUAAUGCCAUGAACCGACUCGGAGAACCCAACAGGAAUGAGGCUCUGUCUGUAGAUGCUCGUCAGGAACUGGACCUCAGGAUUGGCUGUGCUUUCACACGUUUCCAGACUAAAUACUUCCAGGGGAAAUAUGGGAAUUUGGACUCCUCCUUGAUCUCGUUUGGUCCCUGUCAGACUCCCACACUGGGAUUCUGUGUGGAACGGCAUGACAAGAUCCAGUCCUUCAAACCUGAAGCAUACUGGGUUAUACAGGCAAAGGUUUUUAAAGGCAAGGACAGUCCACUCACCUUGGACUGGGACCGCGUGCGAGUUUUUGACCGAGAUGUUGGUCAAAUGUUUGUUAACAUGGCAAAGACUGCUAAGGAGGCUAAAGUUGAAUCAGUGUCUAAGAAAGAGAAAGCCAAGCAGAGACCCAUCGCAUUGAAUACAGUGGAGAUGUUAAGAGUGGCCAGCUCUGCUUUGGGAAUGGGUCCCCAGCAUACUAUGCAGAUAGCAGAGCGUCUCUACACACAGGGUUAUAUCAGCUACCCUCGCACGGAGACCACACAUUACCCUGAAAACUUUGACCUGAAGGGCACCCUCAAACAGCAGGCCAACAGCUCCUUCUGGGGUGAAACGGUAAAAGCCCUGCUCUCUGAGGGCAUUAACAGGCCAAAAAAGGGAGUGGACGUAGGAGACCAUCCACCAAUCACACCCAUGAGAGCCGCCUCUGAGAACGAGCUGGGUAUUUUCACAUUUACAUGUUUAAUAUUGAAAUGUCUAGGUUAUAUCAGCUACCCUCGCACGGAGACCACACAUUACCCUGAAAACUUUGACCUGAAGGGCACCCUCAAACAGCAGGCCAACAGCUCCUUCUGGGGUGAAACGGUAAAAGCCCUGCUCUCUGAGGGCAUUAACAGGCCAAAAAAGGGAGUGGACGUAGGAGACCAUCCACCAAUCACACCCAUGAGAGCCGCCUCUGAGAACGAGCUGGGUACGGAUGCCAGCAUCCCUGUCCACAUUAACAACAUCUGCCAGAGGAACUAUGUGACGGUUGAAAGUGGCCGCAAACUCAAACCCACCAACCUGGGGAUUGUUCUGGUUCAUGGUUACUAUAAGAUUGAUGCAGAUUUGGUGCUGCCCACAAUCCGCAGCGCUGUGGAAAAACAGCUAAAUCUGAUCGCUUUAGGAAAGGCAAACUUCCACCAGGUCUUACAGCACACUCUGGACAUCUUCAAGAGGAAGUUUCACUACUUUGUGGACUCCAUUGCAGGAAUGGAUGAGCUGAUGGAAGUGUCCUUUUCUCCCAUCGCCGCUACUGGGAAACCUCUCUCGCGCUGUGGCAAAUGCCAUCGCUUCAUGAAGUACAUCCAGGCCAAACCCAGUCGCCUGCACUGCUCUCACUGUGACGAGACCUACAGUUUGCCUCAGAAUGGAGCCAUUAAGCUGUACAAGGAGCUCAAGUGUCCUCUGGAUGAGUUUGAGCUGGUGCUGUGGACCUCGGGGUCCCGUGGCAAAAGCUACCCUGUGUGUCCAUACUGCUUCAGCAACCCUCCUUUCAGAGACAUGAAGAAAGGGAUGGGGUGUAAUGAGUGCACCCACCCUUCCUGUCAGCACUCCCUCAACUCUCUUGGCAUCGGCCAGUGCGUUGAAUGUGAGACGGGCGUCCUGGUCUUCGAUCCCACCUCGGGUCCAAAGUGGCGCAUGGCUUGCAACAAAUGCAACGUUGUGGUGCAUUUCUUCGAGCACGCCCAUAAAGUGCAGGUGUCCCAGGACAGCUGUGAUUCCUGCGAAGCCUCCCUGGUCAUAGUGGACUUCAACAAGACGCGCUCGCCGUUGCCUGAUGGUGAAACGCAGCACACUGGCUGUGUGUUUUGCGACCCUGUGUUCCAGGAUCUGGUGGAGCUGAAACAUGCGACCAUGCGGCAUCCCAUGCACCGGGCCGGAGGAGCCCGCAGAGGGAGAGGGAGGGGAAGAGGGAGGAGGCCUGUGGGGAGAGGGAAUCCUAAAAAGCCUAAAGAUAAAAUGGCAGCCCUGGCAGCAUAUUUUGUUUAGAAUUUGUCUUGCAGCGGAAAAUCAAAACCAGCUUAAUAAGUGCAAAGUACUCAAAAGUUGAAAAUGGCAAUAAACUUUUAGUUUAAUAGAGUCUUUGCUGUAUCUUGUCUGUUUUUAGUUUUUUUUUUUUUUAAG